CUGGCCCCCGCCGUGCUGCUGGGCGCCGCGCUCGGCCUCAGCCUCGGCCUCUGGCUCGGCUGCCGCGCCGCCCGGCCGCGCCCGCGGCAUCAGAAAGACGAUGCUCAGAGUCUGCUCAAGAAUUUAGAGUCUCAUGUACAGGACCCCUCGGAAACCGGCUCCCCGUCCAGGAGGAGGAGGAGAGAAGCCCAAAUGUCAAAGGAGGAGGCUGUGGACGAAUGUGACCCAGCUUUCAACAGCAACAUCACAGCAUUUGCUCUGAAGGCAAAAGUCAUCUAUCCCAUCAAUCAGAAGUUCCGGCCCCUGGCCGACGGUUCCUCCAACCCUUCCCUGCACGAAAACUUAAAGCAGGCUGUCUUGCCAAACCAGCCGGUGGAGGCUUCCCCCUCCAGCAGCCUGGGGAGCCUGAGCCAGGCCGAGAAGGAGGACUGCAGCUCCUCGUCCAGCAUCCACUCAGCCACCAGCUACGACAGGUUUCUGAGUCGCACCUUCGUCCGGGCCAACAGCUUCCCCGAGGCGCUGAUCUGUGAGAGUGUGGACCUUGACUUGUGUAUCUAUAACCUUCACUUAAAAGAUCUGCUGCAUCUGGACACGGCGCUGAGGCAGGAGAAGCACAUGAUGUUUAUUCAGAUUUUAAAAAUGUGCCUCCUUGAUCUUCUUCCUAAAAAGAAGUCUGAUGAUGAAUUAUACCAGAGGAUUCUUUCAAAGCAAGAAAAUGACUUGGAGGAAUUAGAAAAGGGACUUCAGGUCAAACUGUCAAACACGGAAAUGUUGGGGGCUGGUGAUUCUGAAUACAUCACUCUGGCAGAUGUGGAAAAGAAGGAGCGAGAAUACUCUGAGCAGCUAAUAGAUAAUAUGGAAGCUUUCUGGAAACAGAUGGAAAACAUCCAGCACUUUCUUAUGGACCAAUUUAAGUGUUCCAGCUCCAAAGCCCAACAGCUCAUGAUGACGCUCACAGAAAGAAUGAUUGCAGCCGAAGGGUUAUUGCGUGAUUCUCAGGAUUUGCAGGCUCUGGACACCCUGGAGAGAACCAUGGGGCGGGCGCACAUGGCAAAAAUGAUCGAUUCCCUGAAGCUCCAAAUCCAGGAGGAGACCAAAUGCCGGCUGGCCGCCCUGUCCCACGGCCUGGAGCUGCUGACCAUCGAGGGGAAGCUCUCCGGGCGGCAGAAAGAGGAGCUGCUCACUCAGCAGCACAAGGCCUUCUGGGGGGAGGCGGAGCGCUUCAGCAGCGAGUUUGUCCAGCGAGGCAAAGACCUGGUUAAGGCGUCACUGGUUCACCAAGCAGAGGAGAUGGCCAAGCUCACACUGGCCCAGGAAGAGGAACAGAGGAGCUUCCUGGCUGAGGCACAGCUGAGCACCACCCCGGGCGAGUUCCUCCAGGCUUUUCAUGCAGUCCUGGAGAGGCAGAGGUUGACCCAGAGUUACCUGGAGGAGGAGGAGAACAUCAGAACCACCGAGGCCGUGGCUGCGCUCUGCCAGGAGCUGUACCGUGGCACCAUGGAAACGUUCCAGAAGUUUGUGGACGUCCUGUUCCUUCAGACACUCCCAGGCGUGACCGGCCUCUCCCGGACAGAGUGUGAGUACUUGAGGCAGGAGGUCCAGGAGAACGCAGCGCAGCAGCUGAGACAGUCGGAUCGCUUCCGCAAGCAGCAGUGGGAACUCUUCCAAGAUCUCCUGGAGCAAGACAAGCAGGUGUGGAUGGAGGAGCAUACCCUGUCCUCCGUGCUGCAGACGCACCUGCAAGAUGACCAUGAGAGCAUCGUCCACCAGGUCUUGGGCCGACUUGGUGGCCUCAGUGAAGAGUCCACAUGGUGCAUCCGGCAGGGGCAUGACCUGCUGCUACGCUCUGCCCUCCGGAGGCUGGCUCUCCGGGGCAGCGCCAUCACCACCCUGGCCCACAUGAGACUUUCCGGGAAGAAGAGCCUUCUCCAGGAGCUGCGUGAGCAGCACGCCCUCGAGCAGGGCUCCUCCCAGUGUCUGGAUGAACAUCAGCUGCAGCUGCUCAGAGCCUUGGAGGCUCGAGUCGUGGAGGAGGCCAGCCGGCUGGAGGGGGAGACACAGCAGACGCGGCUGCAGCUUCAGCAGCAGCUCCUGGCCGAGGCCCAGGAGGUCGGGCGGCUCCUGCAACAGCACUCAGAGCGAGCCAUUGGGCAGGCGCUGCUGGGGCACGCUCGGAAUGCAGCCACCAAGAGCCGGGCCAAGGACAGGGAUGACUUCAAGAGGACCCUGAUGGAGGCGGCUGUGGAGAGCGUCUACGUGACCAGCGCCGGGGUCAGCCGGCUGGUGCACGCCUAUUACCAGCAGAUCAGGAGGGUCAUGCAGGACCACGAGGAGAGAAGACUGCAGCAUCUGAAGACCCUGCAGGGUGAGAGAAUGGAGAACUACAAGCCGCGGACAAAGCAAGGACUCGGGGAGCCUUCGUCGGGGAGCCCGGUGGCGGGUGGAGCCGGCGAAGCCUGCAAGGCGGUCCACCAGAGGAUGGAGGCACAGCAGAAAAAGUUUCUGGCCCAGUUCACCGUGCACCAGCGGAUCCGCCUGGAUGCUUGGAAGCAGAAGGCAAGGGCUAUGGAUCAUCUGGAAGCCCAGCUCGAGACCCAGCUGCAGGAAGCCGAGCAGAGCUUCAUCUCUGAGCUGGCGGCCUUGGCCCGGGUGCCCCUUCCGCAAAGUAGACUGUCGCCAAGUAAGCGUGGACUGUCAGAGAAGCCUGUCAGGAUGAGAAGGAAGAAGCCCCCACCCCGGGAGAAAGGGGACCCAGGGGGGCCCACCGACGAUGACCCUGCCUCAGGGGGCCACCCCUCGGGAUCACUCAGCAGCAAAAGGCUGAACCAGCAAGAAAAUGAAGCUGGUGACGGCGAGGGCCCCAAGAAGCUGCUAAGGGAAAGAAGCAAUUUGUAGAUCGCGGCGGUCAGGGCUGAAGCCGAGGACCAGGCCAGAACACUGCCUGCUUGCCGCGCCCCGCCCAGCCCAGUGAGACGGUGAGGGGGGAUGGGAGUCCCCCUGUGCCUUCCAGGCUCGCUAUGAGGGGGCUGGACAGAGACUGAUGGACAGCGCCCGACAAGGCCUCCGUGAGCAGGGCGUACCCUCCGGCCUGUGGAAUUAGAAACCCAUGUGGGACACCUGUCUGCAGCUUUCUCUCUCUCUGGCUUUGAGACGUGGCUCCCUUCCUCAGGGACCUCUUCCUCCCUGGCUGUCUGAACCCCCCACCCCACGGUGUCCUGCUGCCCCCCGAACCCGGCCGCCCAGCGUGAGGCUGCUUCACUCCAGCUUCAGGGACCCGCCUGUCCCCGGUCACUCCCAGGUGUUCUGCUGGGCUUGCAGGGGUCUCGGGGAGGGCUGGGGUCUUCUGGCUGGAAGCCUUUUUUCCACCAUUUCUGCCACCUUGUUCUGUCUGUCCCAUGAGACGUGUCCCAUGCACCGUGUCCCAUGCACCUGGCCACGGUGUUCUCAUCUGGACCCAUUCCUGGGUUUAGCUCAGCCAGCAGCUAACGCCUGGUCACUUUGGGUGGUGGUGAGUCUCAGGGCCCCCGGACCCUGACACAGACCGUGGAAUCCCUGGCCUGAGGGCCUAUGUCACCGACCCUGGGGACCCUAGCCCCACAGAUACAUCAUGACACCUGCCGUGGGUCUUCUGGGGGUGGCCCCACUCAGCCCGUGGGCUUGCCCGGCGAGGGGACAAGCAGUUCUCCCUCAGGAGGCCUGUUCCUGGGGGACUCUUCUGCUCCCAGAGCUUCCAGACCGGCCCUAUUUAAACUACUGCGAGGAGAGGGCUUUCCCACCCAGAAAGAAAAUUACUCUUCUCAUUGAAAUCAGGGAUUCCCAACUUUGGCACUAUGGACAUUUUGGGUGAGGUAAUUCUUCAUUUGGGGCAGGGGCCGUUCUGUGCGUAGAUUCCAGGAGCACUGCCCCCCAGUCGUGGCAACCAGACUUGUCUCCAGACGUGGCCAGAUGUCCCCUGGGGGGCAUCACCCCAACCCGAGUCAAAGUGGGCCAGCGCCUGGUGAAUUCGGACAGAGUGGGCCCUGGGCCCCGGGACCCCUGUCACGGAGAUGUCCUGGACCAUUUGUGGCCUGGGUUUUUAUUUCUUAAAAUCUAACUUAGACUCUCUUAGGAAAGAGUGGCUCUGGGACAGAAGUCAUCCACGGUAGUUAGGUGGCUUGUUAAGGAUGCUUCCCGUCAGAGCAUCGGGUCCUAACGGGUCUGCUCGCCGGCUCCCUCUAGUGGCCAAAUAAAGCAUUUCAUUGUUCUGCUAACAAGCUGUGGUUUCCUUCUUGCCCUAUUUUGAGAACCUGGUUGAC